UUUCCCAUUCCUUGUGGAGUCUCUCAUUUAACUUAUCAAAACAAAAGCAGAACCUCUCCGGUCUCUAAAGUCUCUCUCAACCCGACCUGCUUCUUCCUUAAACCUAGAAAUCUCAGGGCCGUAUGCUUUGUGCCUCCAUAAUUCACUUUCAUCAGUUCAUGCUAGUAUCAAAGAGGAGCAGGCAGGGACCGACAAAAGAGAAGAUAACUCAGCACAAGUUGUACAGUUGGCAGUAUAUUAUUGUACCCUUGCCCUAAACUUCCCUCGCUAAUUAAUUCCUUUCAUGGCCGCUGAGUCUACCUCAGACUCUUCGUCUAAUUUAAGAAUUAUUGUCCAAAAGAACCCAUCGGAGUCCCAACUCUCGGAGUUGGGCAUCAAGUCCUGGCCAAAGUGGGGUUGCUCGCCAGGAAAGUACCAACUGAAGUUUGAUGCACGAGAGACUUGUUAUCUGCUGAGAGGGAGAGUUAAAGUGUAUCCCAAGAACUCGUCGGAGGUGGUUGAGUUUGGAGCCGGUGAUCUGGUGAUAAUUCCCAAAGGACUCAGUUGCACUUGGGAUGUCUCGGUUGCUGUUGACAAACAUUACAAGUUCGACUCUUCUUCUCCGUCGUCUUCAUCAUCAGGAUCAUGAUUUUCGGUCAUCUUCUUUUUAAUUUUUCUUGUUCUUUUUAAUCAUUUUCAAGGAAUGUUAUUCAGAUUAAUUACAACUAUAUAUAUAUUCAUUGAUUUUUUUCUUU